UCUCAUUACCAUUUUGCCAAAAUACAAUCAAACUUGCAGAAUUUCUGCUGGUGUUUGCCAUGAAAUCAUCGAUGAAAUCAUCAAAGAAAGAAAAUACAGACGGAAAAGAACGUGUCUUCCAAGGUUCAAGGAAUUACCAAUUUAAAAUCUGAAUUUUUUGAGAUCAUCUUCGAACACAAUGAUCGCUUGGAGGCAUUUGUCUUGGGCUUUCAAGGACCGCUUUAGUCUAGAUCAUGAUGAAUAGUACGCCUGUUUGGAUAAUUACUUGAAAUAUUCAUGAAGGAAACAUAUUACCAUCUGGAUCGAAACACAAGGGAGCUUUAAGCGUGCAAAGAAUAGACUAUACAGCGUGGCAGGUCACACGCGAACGAAAGAUUAGAGUAUUGUCCCUACCGAAAUCUCGCGAAGGAAGUUAACCCUCUGCAUCUGUAAGUCGCGACGAGAAUCCAAACGUUAUUUGAAUGGCUGUUUAUUUUGAGAGAUUAGUCUGUAGACGCUGUCUCAAUUUCAAUGGCUAGCAGCGUGUUAAAUUACCUUAAACUCGAAACUCUUCAUUUACAGUCCCAAGUCUUAUUACCUGCGACAAGUUGAACUCGCUUUUGACAUUUGAUGGCGAUUGAGCUCGUUCAAGACUUGUCUUUUCCUGUAAAGGUUUACGUCGUCCUUCUGCAUCUUUUGCUUCUAUUUCUGGUGGUUCUGUUUCUUCAAAGACCAUCUAAGAAGUCAAUUGGCGACAAGGACGAGAAGCAUAGUCGGAAAAUUAGAACUUUGACGAAGGAUAAUCGAGCGGUGACUAUCGAACCAUGUGCAUGGCUGAAUUCAACUUUGGCGUGGUUUUACCUUCACGCUCAAGGGAAAGAUCGAACCCCAAACAUUGUCAGGCUCUGGAUACGAGCGUUAAAUAAACAACUUCAAAAAGACAAAAAGAAAGAUCAGAGGAUCAUAAUUGAGAGCCUUUGUCCAGGAUGCCUACCACCAAAACUAACAAGUGUGUACUGUCUGUCUGUCAGUGGUAACAUGCAGUGUAUCACAUUUCAUGUGGAGUCAGUUGAUCUUGGUUUCCUUGUGCGUGUCAUCCAACAGACAAGCAAAGGACCCAAAACCACUUCUAUGGAAGUACGUGUGGUUAGACUGGCAGGAGAGGUGGCUCUCAAGCUGAGCACUUCCCCUUCAAGGAUCCAGAUAAGUGCCCAGUUCAUUGGUGUUCCUGAGAUUGCUCUUUCCACAAAGUGUCUUGGAAAGGAGAGCCAAGUGGAUGCCAGUGAAGUUCAAGAAAAAGUCAAGGAAGUGAUAUGUAAAACAAUUACUAGUAUCCCCUUGUCAGAGGCCACUUCAAAGGAACAACUUUCUGAUGCAAGUUCAGCUAAUUCAAAAGAACAGCUUGAUUCUCCUUCAUCACCAUCAUGUAUUGGAGAGGAAGGAAAACUCCUUGUCAAGAUCAUAAAAGCAAGUGGUCUUUGUGGAAAAAUCAAAAGUGGAUCACUCAGUCCUUAUUGCAUCUUAUCUACUAGCAACCCUCUUCAGCGAAAGAGAACUACCAUGGUCAGAGAUAAUGAAAAUCCAUUCUGGAAUGAAUAUUUCACUUUUGACGUCAAUCCCAAAACCAAAGAGAUCACACUUGAUAUAUAUGACUAUGAAAAGACAGAAAAAGAUUCUCUCUGUCAUUUGGAAGACAAUGAAUUUACUGAGGAGCAAGAUCCUGAGAGGCCUAGUGCCCACAGCUCUCCAUCAGAGGAAGCAGCCCCGGUCUUCAUGAAUGGCGAGGGACCUGGUGCCGAGAUCAAUGGACACAUUCCAGUUCGGAAGCGUUACAUCGAGUCAAGUCUGGAUGAACUGGCCAUGGAGAUUGAAGCUUAUGAAGCUAGCGAUGAGAAGCCGAAAAAAGCUGACUAUGAAAACGGUGUGAACACAGAUGAACAAAAUGACGAACCAGAGUUAAUAAAGGAGACUCCAUCUCCAAUCGUUGUUAUGGCAACUCCUGUUAUUGAGCCCGUGGUGGAAAAGGUGGUGAAAGAACCUGUCGAGGAACCAGUCAAACUUAUCGAGGAAGCUGAAGUUCCCGAAGUAGAAGUCGCUAAAGAGGAGAACAAAGAAGCAGAAGAAGAGGAAAAAGGACAAGAGGAAGAGUUGAAAGAGCAAGAGAUACAAGAACAAAACGGAAAAGAAGAUGAAGGAGAGAAGCCAAAGGAACAAGAAGAGGUGAUAGAAAAGAAAAGUAAAACACGCAGGUCAUUCAAGUUUUCGUUCAAAAGGAAACAAAGUGACAAGAAGACAGUUAAGGAGGAAGAGAAAGUCGCCGUGGUCGAGGAGAAAGCUGCUGCAGCUGAAGAGAAAGACGCCGCCGCUGAAGAGAAAGACGCCGCAACUGAAGAGAAGGCCGCCGCAGCUGAAGAGAAGGCCGCCGCAGUUGAAGAAUUGGAGGAAGAAAUUAAAGAAAGUAAUGACGAAGUCAUGAAAGAAGAAAGUGUCAAAGACGAGGAAAUGAGAGAAGAAGGCGAAAAAGAAGAACAACUACAACAGGCGGAGAGUAAAGAAGAAGGAUUAAAGGAUGAGGAUAAGAAAGACGACGAGACCCAAGAACAGGAAGAGAAGGAAACAGAAAUCGAGAAAUCAAAAGAACUUGAAGAAAUGACCGAACAAGCGUCAGAACUGAACACCAAACCCAAACUGCGAAGGUCCUUCAAUCUGUUUAGAAGGAGACCGGUCAGUAUGAGUGCAGCCGACAGGGACACAGAUAAGGAUGAAGAAAAGGUGUUCAAGAGAGAUGACCCAAUCAGACACUCCUACCAUGCAGGGGACUUACCUGUUCCAGACCCAUCUAACCUGCGCAAGUCAACCAGUCAAUCUUCACUUCUCAGCUACUCGCCAAAUCCUCACUCUACACUGGUUAUUGAAACAGUACACAAGGGCCAGAAAAAGUAUGCACACAUUCCUCCCGUGAUGGCUAAGAGACAAGCUUAUGAGAAAGGAGGCAACAAACUGCACAUUUAUAAUGAUCACAUCUUCACUGCUGUCCACUUUACAGGAAGCCCUCCGGAGUGUGCUGUGUGUACAAAACCAAUCAAGGGAAAAAUCGGAAAGCAAGGCUACCAGUGUAGAGAAUGCAAAUUAGUCACACACAGGGAUUGUCAUUACCAGACUACCACAAUGUGUUCCAGUGAUGCUGUCAAACAUCUUGACAUUAAAAAAAUGCCGCAAUUUGUUGGCCAUUAAUGAGGUGAAGGGAUAAGGCUGAGUAGAGAGAGAAUAUGUUGGAGGUACUGAGGUCUGACCAUGAAAAACCAAUUACAAAUCCUGAAAAGCGCUUGCCUUUUCUAUCGUUCGUAUAUGUUUUAGACGUCGCAAAAUUAUAUCUAAAAAUGUUCCAUAUCUUAGCAGAUGUUAUGUUGUCAAGAAUGAAGAAUUUGUAGAUUAGAAAGUGCGCUCUCUCUCUCUCUCUCAAUGUAUUGUCGGGGUCAGAAGGAAGAGUCUGGGGGUACGGUGGGAGGCAUUUGUAGGUUCUACCACCGAGGGGGGGGGAGUUGGGGGUGCGAUAGGGUUUGAGGACGUAAUAUUAUCAAGUUGAUUAUUUAGCUAUAAGUUGAACAAACGAACAGCUAAAAAAGGAGAUCAUUGAUUUAUGUAGUCCACGUCCACCUCAUUACGUUCGUGUUUGAGCAUUCAGUCCCAUUUUCCUCAACGUUUAUUUCACUCGGCUGAAAAACAGGUCCUCAAGCGCUUGGGGCCACACACAGAUGCCAGGCUUCAGGGAUGGGGGGUGGGGUAAGGCACCUAAGAAGCUUUGCAGCAAGGGAGGGAUGGGAGAUAGCCUAGACAUCAAAUGAAAUUACUUGCCUUUCUUUGCUUGAGAGUCAUCGUUGAUUGGGGCUCGUAUUUGCAAUGAAGGCGGCUGAUUUAUUUAUGACCUCAGUGGGAGAAAAAUUAUGUUUUGCAUGUGGAGCUCAAGGUAAACAACAUUGCAUAGCUUACUGAGUAGAAUACAAUCACCGAGUUUAACUGCAAAGAUGUUGUUUCAAUAAUUAAUGGCAACUUCUGGGGAUUCAAAGGAGGGAUGUUUAGUAAUAUAAAGCCUUAAAUGAUGGGAACAAAUGACUGAAAGGGAAGAGUGUAAAAGAAUAAUUUAUUUGUAGAUAAGCGAAUUAUGGCCUGUUUCUCUCAUUUGGUGUGAGAGGGGAACAGAAAAAUGGGCACAAACCUCCAUACUGCUGUCUUACGAGGUAUUCAUCGCGGUAAAAAUUGGAUCGCAAGAACUGUACGCAGCUUCUAUCAUUGCAAGAAAGGAUCAGCUUGUCAUGGCCUAUUGUCAUGAUAUACGCCCACGCUUCGACAUUCACCCAUUUAGGCUAAUAUUCUCUCUUCUGUUGUCGAAGACAAUAAGUUACGUGACGUAAAAAAGAGAUUGUAAGGGUAAAAAUCUGCAUGUGGGUAGAGUAGUCCUGUUAUUCAGCUUAAACCCUCAAAGGAAAAAAUAAAAUUCAAUUUAUUUA